CAGUGGAUAUAGCAAAUGGGCUUGACUUAUGGUAAUGGGUUUGAUUUGGGUUCUUCUUCAAUAGCCAAUCCCUUUAUAAAAAAUGACUCCAUUUUCAAUCUAUAUCCACCGUCAAAGAAACCGAGUCCAAUGCGAAGAAAUAUGCCCAGAUAUCAUUACAGGGCAAGAUGGACUUCAGCUUAUGUCUCCACUCUGCAUUGUGAAAUUCUCAGUUCUUUUGAACAGAUCCCCAACUUUCAUUUUCAGCAUUACAGGUUAUUCACACUUCUCUAUGGACCUAUCAUCAUCUUGUGGGGACGUACAAUUGAGCUAAGCUAUCUUAGUUGUCUGCUUCUUUGCUUUGAGGCUCCCAUAUUAAAAAUGAAAAUGGGUUCAAGUGACUUCGUUUUGGUGGGAGAGUACUGGGUGGUCUUCAAGGCUAUAAGUGCAUAUUUCAACAUUAAAGACCCAGAUCUGAUGAUUGAUAUGGUUACAGGGCAAGAUGGACUUCUGCUUAUGUCAACACUUUCCACUGAGAAAUUCUCAGUUCUCAGUUCUUCAGCAUGAUAGGGGUUUGACUAAAGGGGAUUGUAGGAGCAACAUGAGGCAUCUAAUUCAGAUUCCAGGUGGGAAAGGGAAUGGAGAUUCUCUAUGGACCUAUUAUCAUCUUGUGGGGAUGUACAACUGGGCUAAGCUAUCUUAGUUGUCUGCUUAUUUGCUUUAAGACUCCCAAAUGACAAAAUGAAAAUGGGUUCAACUGACUUCGUUUUGGUGGGAGAGUACUGGGAAGUGUUCAAGGCUAUAAGGAAUAAAGUUGGUGAUGGAUUCGUGGCCGAGGCUUAGAUUGAAAUGGUCAGACUGUUCAAUGGGAAAUUUGGUCUCACCAUCACAAAGAUACUCUGAGGCAUAGAUACAAACAUUUGAGGAUGCAAUGUAAUGAUACAAAGGUUCUUCUUGAACAGAUAGGGUUGUCUUGAGAUCAGGAGAAAUGGUGACCUCUGAGAUUAUGUCUAAGCUUCUUAUACCUAGGUACUCAUGUGCUUAUGAAACAACUCAGGUUUUGCAAUCUCAAGACCAGAGAGGCCUGUUAGAGUGUGCACACCUCCUGAUAGUUGCCAGUUGAUGAUUACCACUAAACAGUUUUGUGGUCAAAUCACAAGAAGGGGGAAAAAAAAGACUGCUAAGAUGUUUGGCAAUCAAAAAAAUUAUAUUGGAAGAAGCCUAAAGGAUUUUCUCACCUUGUCCUCUUGAUUUCAAGUCAUAUAUUGGAAGACUAGGAGUGAUUGUGGAAGACACUUCUGACUAGCUUAAGCAGGGGGUAUAAGUGUUUUUCUGUUCAUAACAAGGUAUUUACUGAGUCGUUUUACUAGCCCCUUUCGUUGUAUUAAUGCAAAAAUUAUUUGUAUGCCCAUUGCCCAUUC